GUUCUUGAAAGUGUUCUGUACAAAUGUCCUGGAGUUUUAUCAUAAUUGUGCUAUUAUUACCGUUUACUUCGAAAAAAGUAUAUUCUCAGGAGAGGGAUGAUAGCUACAACUAUGAAGAAUUAGUAUCUGUACCUGAUGUCAAUGGAAGAUUCUAUAAAAUCAAUAUUACCCAACGUGAACUAGAAUAUGCGAGAAGCUACAAAUCUGCUUACAGGAUAAAUUUUUAUAUUCACACGCGCCAGUCUCCUGAAGAGGGAAAGCUUAUCCUCAUUGGAGACAAAAACUCACUGAAAAAUUCAAAUUUCAACCCAAAACAUCCAACGAAAAUCGUGGCACAUGGCUGGAUGGGAAACAUCAACUCCAUUGUCAACCAAGCGUUACUUGCAGCUUACCUUAAAAAAGGCGAAUACAAUAUAAUUAUCAUUGACUGGAGUGAUGCAGCGAAAACCGUUGAUUAUUUCUCGGCUCGAAAACGUAUCGGUAAAGCGGGUAGAAAAGUUGCCAAACUAAUCGACUUUUUGAGUACUCAUGGAGAAACUCCCCCAAGCUCAAUUUAUCUGAUUGGACAUAGUCUAGGUGCUCAUAUGUGUGGAGUUACAGCGAGGCGUAUACGAUCUGGUCGAAUUGGAGUCCUUAUUUCGUUGGAUGCCGCCUUGCCACUUUUUUUGCCAUAUCACAAGGAUCGAAUCACCUCUUCGGUGGCUGAUUAUGUCCUUAGUAUUCACACAAAUGGAGGAAGACUUGGAAUUCAUGAACCAAUUGGUCAUGCGGCGUUUUAUCCCAAUUGGGGUAAAACUCAGCCUGGAUGCGGGUUUGACCCUUUCGCUAGUUGUUCACAUCGGAGAUGUGUUGAGUUAUUGGCAGAAUCGAUCGUGGAUAUAAAUAAUAUUUUUGUGGCGCGCAAAUGUGUGAGCUUCAAAGAUAUCCUGAAAGAAAGCUGUCAAGGUAAAGGAGAGUAUGCCAUUUUGGGUGGUGAUCCUUUGAACACAACGUAUAAGGGAAUAUUUUAUUUAAAAACCAAUUCACAACAACCGUAUGGUCUUGGAAAGAUACGCUAA